AUUAGGUUUACUUUUAGCACUAUAAUUACAAAUUUAGAGCUAGUAGUUAUAUAUAAUGGCAAAUACUUUAUUAUAUAUCUACAUGCUAAUAACUUCUCUAAGUUGCCUAAGUUAAAAGAAUUAUAUCUCUUUUUCUUAAAAGUUACUAAAGAGUUUAAGCUAGAUAAUAUAACUAUUAAGGACUUCUAG